AUGAUCCCCGAGACACGUUUGCUCGCAGUUUUGUCCAACCUUCCUCCGUCCCAUCUACAAUUAACAGACGUGUCUCGACACACUCGUCAACCGUCUAACGAAGUCCACGAUAAUCACGACCAAGCAACGUUCACGACCUUUGCGCGCCAGCGCCAACCAACUGCACAUCGUCCUUCAUCCUCCCAUUCAGCCGAUUACCGUCCCCCUUCGGCCAGUGGUUCCCAGCGGACCUUGCGCCGGGUUCGCCGCCAGCCAGAGGUAGCUCAAUUGCCUCAUCGCCGAGCAUUCUCCCUCGAUCACUCCACAAGACAACCUCCGCACCGUCCCCCGGCGCAUUCCAUCCCAGCCUCCGCACACCGAGCUCCAGACCGGGGAAUCGCUGCCCUACGGCCAGCUCAUUCUGAAGUGCAUACAGACGAGAACGGAUCGACUAUCGACGAUCCGUAUCAGCUUCUCAACGCCUCGUAUUGGCCGCGGAGAACCACCGGUGUCUCAUCACGCACUGCGUCGGCGAUUCUCUUUGCUCUCGAAGACGCCAUCCGUCGUCCGAUCCCUUUCACACUCGAUUGGGCAGAAGUGAAUGCUUCUAUGUCAGAUAUGGUAGGCGUUGCUGGUCCCGCCGGGCCCGUUCAGAAUGGAUCGCGUGCACCCCCAGCUCCUGCGUCAGGUCCGUCGCAACCUCCCAGUGGGAUGCGCACACCGACAGAUAUCAUGAGACAACGCCGAGAUCGCGAGGCACGCCGCAAAGCCGAGCAGGAGGCUCGCGAGAGGGAGCAGGAAGAGGUGGAGAGACAGCAGUAUGAGCAAGAGCAAGCUGCUAUCCAAGCUCAGGCCCAGGCCCAGUUUGCUGCUGGCGCCACUGAUCCAGCUUCCCAGCGUCGAGCGCGGGUGCCACGUCCUCCUAGAGGGCCGGAGGGCCAGUUUGAAGGCGCCCCUGGUACUGCUCCGGCACCCGCAUCGAAUAUCCGAGGUACUGCGCCACCUGCGCAGGCCAGUCGAGUAGAUUAUGCAAACCAACCGAAUCCCGCGAGCCAGCAGCAGUUUGUCCCAUCUGUUCCACCACCUCGUGCGCAGAGUGCCACGGCGGCUGGUACGGGUGAUCCCACUGGAACGAGCGGGUUCUCCAAGCAGGCUCAAGCUCCUGCUACUCAGCCUGGGGCACCGCAGUCCCUUCAACAACCGCAACGUGUCUCAUUUCCUCAUGCUUUUGAGAGAUGGGAAACCCUAUCUUCACACUGGGAGGGACUGACCAGCUACUGGGUCAGGAAAAUGGAGGAAAACAAGAAUGAUGUGGAAUCAGACCCCAUUAGUAAACAGCUUGCCCGCCAGAUCACCGAUCUGUCAGCCGCGGGUGCCAAUCUGUUCCACGCCGUGGUUGAGCUGCAACGUUUGCGCGCAUCCUCUGAGCGCAAGUUCCAGCGCUGGUUCUUCGACACUCGUUCCGAGCAGGAACGAGCAAAGGAGGUACAAGCAGACCUGGAGCGACAGCUCAAGGCUGAACGUCAAGGCCGUGCCGAUGCCUUCUCUACUGCCCAAACUGCCGAGCAGGACAAGGCCCAUGCAGAGCAAUUGCUCAAUGAAAUGCGUCGCGAACUCCAGAUCUCGAAAGAAGAGGCCCGUCGAGCCUGGGAGGAACUUGGUCGCCGCGAACAAGAAGAGCGCGAACGCACCAACUCCCUACGAAACGGAGAGCCCACCCUCGUCGGUGGUGUCCAGGUCGUCCCCAUGGUCCAAGGCGUUCCCAGCCGCCACACUCGUCCCCAAACUCGCGAGGGUCCAUACCCCGGCGGGCCAACAGCUACAACCAUGGGCAGCGAGUACCAGGCCAAACCCACCGACCCAUCCACCGGUCCUUCCUACUACGAUGAGGGCCCUAUGUCCCCAACAGGCUCUGAUCCCUUCGUAGAGCCCAAGAAACCUCAAUCCAGCCAAGCCCCCUACACCGGCGAGAUGUAUUCCCACGAGACCACCGCCGCCUACCCUGGUCCCCCAACCUCUGAACCAGACGACCGCUCCUAUGUCAGCAGUGAAGCCGGCGAGGAAGAAUACGGCCGUUCAUAUGGACACCAAGCCCCUCUCUCGGAGGCAAGCGAUGAAUAUGACCAGUCCCCCGCCGACGAACGCCAUCAGUACGUCACUGAUGGCGCGUACACCUCUGCCGGUAGCUCCGCGUCAGUGCCGGCCCCGUACCCACCCACCACGGGUGCGGACUAUAGCGGCUCAGGAUGGGGCGUCGGAACCGGCUGGGAAGCUGUCACACCCAGACACCGCCAUCCUACACGGCUGAGCGAUGUCCUCGAGGAGGAUGAGCCGAGUCGCACGAGUCCCAGCCGCGCCAGCCAGGCGAGCAGGAGUAUGCACGGGUUCUGA